AUGGAGAAGCGCUCAGCUCUCCGGGGGUCGGGCGGCGCUGGCAGCCCGCAGCCCACAGCCCACAGCAUCCUGGAGAUCACGGCGGUGGAGGUGGGCAUUGUGGCCAUCAAGGGGCUCUUCUCCGGGCGGUACCUGGCCAUGAACAAGAGAGGACGGCUCUACGCCUCGGCGGGCAGCCGGGAGCCGGAGGAGGGCACGCGCCUGCCGUCGCUCCUCUCCCGCAUCCUGGUCGCGUUUCUCUGGUCCCCGCCCAGCCCGCGCCCAGGGGACGCCAGAGGCAUCCUGGAGAUCACGGCGGUGGAGGUGGGCAUUGUGGCCAUCAAGGGGCUCUUCUCCGGGCGGUACCUGGCCAUGAACAAGAGAGGACGGCUCUACGCCUCGGAGGACUACAACGCAGAGUGCGAGUUCGUGGAGCGGAUCCACGAGCUGGGCUACAACACGUACGCGUCCCGGCUGUACCGGACGGUGCCCGGCGGACCGGGGGCCCGGCGCCAGCCCGGUGCCGAGAGACUGUGGUACGUGUCGGUCAACGGCAAGGGCCGGCCCCGCCGCGGCUUCAGGACGCGCCGCACGCAGAAGUCCUCCCUCUUCCUGCCCCGCGUGCUCGACCACAGGGACCACGAGAUGGUGCGGCUGCUCCAGGGCGGCCCCCCCAGGUCCCCCGGCGAGGACGCCCGGCCCCGGCGACGACAGCGACACAGGGGCCAGGGAGGCCGCGCUUAG